UCAAUAUCAAGCAUCAUAAACAUGGGUCCUGAUGAGGAGACAUCGAACACGCUCAUAGUACGCCACCUAUCUGCUGAGCUGAGUAUUGCAGACAGGGAGGGCCUGCUGAAACACUUUGGUGCCGAGAGCGUCAAGUGUAUGUCAGACAAGGGCAGGAUGAAACAUACUGCCUUAGCAACAUUCACGGAUCACCAUUCAGCUGAAAAGGCUCUGACUAGAUUGCACCAGUUGGAAGUUCUCGGCAGAAGGCUGGUGGUAGAAUUUGCCAAGAAACACCACAAGAAACAGAUGACCAUUGUCCAAUCAGAUCAGGACAAUGAAGAAACAACAGUCAAAGAGGAGAAAGACAACAAGUCUACUGAUAACACAGCUGACAAGAAGUCAGCAGAAAUCAACCAAAGACGAGCACUUCCCCAGACUGCCAUUUCUUCCUCCCUGGGGCUGCAGUAUGCGAUGAACCCCAGACUGAACUACCUGUAUCCCCCUCCCACAGCCUCCAUACUUAACAACAUUGCCAACACCCUGGCAGCUGUACCCAAACUCUAUGUCCAGGUGCUACAUUUAAUGAAUAAGAUGAACCUUCCUGCCCCAUUUGGACCCCUUACUCAACAACCUCCACUAGUAAGCCCUCACCCCCCUGGUGCACCCCCGCCCCCCACGCAGCCUGCCCCGGCCCCCGAGGAGGUAUUUGAUCAGCCCCAGGGGGUGGGGGUGAAGAGGAUCGAGCUGAACCUGCCGUCAGCGAUCGAGGCCGAGAGACAAGUGGAGGAAGAUGAUCAAGAAGGAACAGCAGAAGAAGAUACACCCAGUCAGGAUACUCCAGAAAUGUCUGGUUUCGGCAAGUUUGAGCCCCCGCCCAUUGCCAUGGAAACAGAAGAGGAAGAAGAGCUGGAGGAUGAGAGCACAGACUUCAUCUCCAGCAGGGAGCUGAGGAGGGGCAGGCUCUCGCAUGACGAAAUAAGAAAGCUUUCCGUGUUCAAGAACUAUUUGGCAGGGGAGCCCAACUGUCGCCUGUACAUCAAGAAUGUUGCAAAACAAACAGAGGAGAAGGACUUGAGAUUCAUCUAUGGCAGAUAUGUCAACUUUGAAGAUGACAUUGAGAAAGAAAUGUUUGACGUCAGGUUGAUGAAGGAAGGUCGGAUGAAGGGUCAGGCGUUCAUCGGACUUCCAACGGAGAAGGCGGCGCAGAAAGCCGUCAGGGAGACUAACGGGUUUGAGCUGAACGGCAAACCCCUCGUCGUGCAAUUUGCCAGGUCAGCAAAACCAAAGGAGAAAGCAGACAGCAAGGACAAGACGGGAAAGAAGAGCUGAUAUACAAAUAUUUUCUUUUCUUCUAUAACAAC